UUCCUUUCUAAUCGAUGGAUGAUACGUGAAGUCAAAGAAAGGCGGACCACCCACGUUGUCCUGUGCCUGCAGGUGGCGCACGUCCGGGUCCUGACCCAAUGGCUGUGUCUAUAGACACAGUCUCACCUCUCUCUGGUAUGCAAGGAAAUAGGUGUAGUGGCCCUUCACUCUUUACCCAUGUUGCAGAGUGCCGGACGACCCUCCCAAAGGGGCGGAACACACAUGCCCAAUGUCUGUUUUCCUGUCACCGCAAGGCAGUCAAGGGGUACUUGAACCGAAGCAGUCUCCUGGUAUAAGGUCGAGUCGGCUGCUCUGCGAUUACUUCGACGCCUUUCCCCCCUCUUACCCCAGUCGCCCUGUCCAGGCAUUGCGAAAAACCUGGCCGGCCUUUCGAGUUGCAUCCACGAGGUCAUUAUAGGUCAAGCAACCAUGUCUUCCACCGACUGCCAUUCUGCCAAAAUGCAGUUUCAUCUGCAAGAUCACAAUUACCACCACGCAAUGUCUGCAAAUCUCCCAACAUUGGUUACCAGAAAUGUACAGAGCUACAGCGUAUCAUAUCAACAUCCGACCUCGAAGGGGAACAAAUCGACAUCGCCGAGAUAUUCGCCCAAUAUCCAUCCCUGGAAGAGACAACAGGCACAGAGCUCGUUGUCUUUCGUUCCUUCUACAUCGUCGUCGCCCCGCGUUGAACAGUUAGAAUACACCACGGUCCAACCACGGUCCAGUUCUGAACGCCCUCAUGUGUACAUGUCUCCUUUCCGCUCUGUGCGUAAGAUGAAGCAGCCCUUCGAGCUACGACUUCCAGCCUCGCCUUCCCACGAGAACCUCGCUGCAAGUGGCAAGGAGUCUCCAUUAUCUCAAAAAUCAUCCAAGAAUAGGACUCUUCGUCCGUGGCGUUCAGAUCAGAAUCUCAAAGUCACGAGCAUUGACUCUUUCAGCCUCCUUCCAAGCCCCCCUCUAUCAGAUACUAGAUCACCGCAGGCCUCUUCAUUUUACUUCUCGCCAAAGCCGGAGUCGGAAUCGGACUACAGCCAAGAAGGUCCCAGUGACUGCGGCUGCGUUGCAGGUAGAGAAUCCUGUCGCGAUUGCUACACAUCUCCUGAGAGGGGAACCCGGGAGACCACAAAGAACGUCAAGGGAACUCCACACGUGCAGAUGGCGCAUUCACACCUAGCGAAGCAAUGUGAAACGAGUGAUGGGCAAUUGACCCCUCUUUCGACAUAUUCAGAGCGCCUGUCAUCCCCAGCCCCGUAUUCCGACUUUGAACCCAUUGGAAAACGAAAAUUCUCCACUUCGUCUAUCGCCGCAGCUAGGAGCAGAUCCGGGACGGUUUCUAGUGAUGGAAGUUGGGCACCCAGCAGUUUAUCCUAUUGGGAGCCCUGGCUUCAGCGUGCUCCAGUCGAGGGCGCAGAAGGUCAGGGCGAAAGGCUCAAAGAAUUGAAUCGAAGGCGGAUACAGAUCGUGCAGAAGAGUCCCCCACCUCCACCCCGGAAAGUUGAAUUGAAAGCAGUUCGGCCGGCAAUGUACGCAGUAGCAACCAAGACCAAACCCAAACUGGUUGAUAUAUCACGCCAGUCAUCCCCAGCGAUGAGCUACACCCUCCCAACGCCCCAACAUCCCAUUCCAUCAACUCCUGAUCACAGUCAGCAGGAGGUAUCGGCCUUCAGUCCCGACACACCCCUGGAGAUGUCUGACAGUGGCUAUAUCACCCAACAUUCAUGUCAUUCACCCAACGACUACGCCCAUGCAAAGGGUCACAUUGAUGAGGAAGACGACGAGAAGGAGGAGGAAGAACUAGAUGAAGAAGACGAUGACGAUGCGUACACGGAUGUCAGCUCUCUCACUUCUGAGCCCGUCGGUGAAACGAUAGUCGACAUCAAAUCAGCGGCCAGUCCAGAACUUCCAAAAUCACCAUCCAAGCCGGAGCUGCCACCGAAGUUUGCGGCGUCCGUUCAGGUAUCGCCUGGGCGGUCUUCAACCUCGACCAAGUCGGAGAAGGAAGAGUUGGAGAAGUGGUGGGAUCACGAAUGGACUAUCGACCAGUUAGACUUGUCGGUCAAGGACUUCCCACGUAACAUGCUCCGCCUUACAUCGCCAGUCAUUAUGUUCCUUCGUCACAACGAUGAGAGGGCCCUUUUACGGCCGUUUCGCACAAUCUUUCCCAACGUGGCAGAGAACCUUCUGGACAGUCUUUGUGCUGCUUUGAUUGCACGGAACUAUGUUGUUUCGCUAGCAACCACCAACCAGAGAAAGAGCCAGCUUAAUCGACAAUCUCGAUUGGACCCUGUCCCUGAAACAACGACCGCAGGGCCAGCCACGUCUAGUCACGCCACUCCGUCUCGGAUCAAAGAGCAGGUCCUUGGAGCGCGCAGCAUGCAGCUGCAAAAAGACCUGGAUAGAAUUGUUGAAAAGAUGCUCUUCGCCAUAUGCGGCCAGGCGGAGGAGCAUCUGAAAAGCGCCGUACUUGUCCUAGCUCAAGUUCUUGAAACGAAGCACUAGGCAGCCUCUCAUUGAUAAUUUCCUUCUUGUCCUGUUCGUCCUCUUCCAGCAUAUGCUUUGCUACCUUGCCCACUUGGUCUCCCUUACUUGUGCUGUCUAUUUGAAGUGUGGUUGCUUCAAAUGUUCCUAAUUAUACCACUCGCUUUGUCCCUCUCACAGUCACGAUAUCUAUCAAAUUGCCUAGUACAUUCUUUUCCUCGAUUCCAUGCAUCUCUUAUGUUUCUCAUGUCUCGCCAGCAGACGGCUAUGGCCUGUGCUGCGUUUUGGUUUUAUCGUGUCCGCUUCAUUUUCCCUAUGUAAUUAACUGCAUUAGCUGCUACGGUCAGUUUACAACUGAAUCCCUAGUUGCAGCUAGUACUUUUACUUUCAUGAUACCCGU